UCCUAAACGUUAACCUUUCUUGAAGAACUUUAUUAUGUAAACUUGGAAUAUGAAAAGUAGUUUAUUUUGUGCUUAUUCUGUUUGAAUGGAUGAAAGCUCUCAAACGAAGAAAUUAAUAAACUACGAGUAAUAAAUCGCAUUGGAUUUCUAGUCAGGAUUAGUUAGCUUUCUUCGAUUUCAUCGUAUUAUUUGGUUUGAUUAUAUUUUUCUACACUGAAGGACAUUUGAUGUGAUUUGUUUUGUGCCGGUAACAUGUACCGCAGUGACACUUUUAAAAUACUAAUAAUAUAAUGAAAAAAAUAUUUGAUGUUCAAACUGUCUACUGAUUGAUGGUUUACCAUACAAAUAUGAGCCAAGGUGAUAAUGUUUCUGCCAAAAAUGGGGAGGAGACCCAGGAAAAAACGAGUUUGAUCGUUAACUAUUUGCCUAAGAGUUUCAUGCAAGAAGAUAUUAGAAAAUUGUUUUCUUCAGUGGGUGAAAUCGAGAGUUGCAUGCUUAUGCGAGACAAGGAAGAAGGUUGUAGCCUUGGGUAUGGAUUUGUAAACUUCAAGUAUUCGCAAGACGCCGAAGCAGCCAUAAACAAACUCAACGGUCUCAAAUUGCAAGAAAAAGUUCUUAAAGUGUCGUUCGCAAGGCCAUGCAGCGAUGCAAUAAAAGGAACGAAUGUGUACAUAGCAGGCCUCCCUUGUAAGAUCACAGACGCUGAACUGCUUUCGACAUUCAAGAAAUUCGGCUGCAUAAUCGACCACAGGAUCCUCAGGCCGAAUCUCGACCUGGUGGAUCCGAACGCGGCAAGAAGUGCCGCCCUGAUCAGGUUUGACAAACGGGACGAGGCAUUGCUCGCGAUCAACCAGUGCAAUGGAAAAACCCCUCCUGGUAUGCCGUCUCCCCUCGUAGUCAAGUUCGCCAACAGCCCCAAGCUAAAAGCACAGAAGAGAUCGUUCAUGGAAUUCACACCGAUCGACCAUCCGCCGGGGAAGAUGAUGGUACCUUUGAGCAAGCCAUUCCCCCCGUACCCUCCCUUAGGAGCACCGAUGGGAUUCUUAAACAAUAGCUGGAAUGACUACAACCACCAGGAGGUAAAACCGCUUAAUGCCAACUAUUCCAACGGCCAGGAAGAAGCCUGGCCGCUCUUCGUCUUCAAUCUAGGAUCAAAUGUAGAAGAAGGCGACCUCUGGCAACUCUUCGGACCUUUCGGUGCCAUCAAGGGCAUCAGAGUUAUCAAAGAUAAAGGCUUCGCUUUUGUCAACAUGAUCAACUGGUUAGAUGCAAAAAUGGCCAUUCAAUCUCUCAACAGAACCAAUUUCAAAGAUCGAAUAAUUCAAGUAUCUUUUAAGAUUUCUAAAAAUAAAUACUAACUCUCUUCCCAUUCCUCUUUUGUAUUUAUUUUUGUCUUUAUCAGAUUUAUUAUUACGACCUGCCUCUUAUGUAUAAUAUUUUUUUUUUUUUUUUAAUUCACAAGAAAUACCAAGCAAGUUAAAUUUUUCU